UGACCACAAAAAAACAACUAAACAUAAUAGCAAUGACAUCAGCUCGUGCAAUUUCAAUUCCUGGAUGGCAGUUGAGUGCUAAUCCCACUUCCAUCCCGGAUUUCUCAAACUAAAACAAGGGGCAGGCUGGCAAAUGCACAACAACACCGGAUUGAGGAAAUUGACGAGGGCAGUCCAAUGCAAAGCAAACUUGUUAAAAACAGAAAAGCAUGCAACCUGGUGUUCAUUUCAAGGCAACCUGAGCAUACAUCGCUUAUUCAUGUCAGGUCCGUACUGUGACUGGAGCUUCAUUUACCACAGCAAUUUUGAAUCGGAGACACGGGAGAACGACUAGUAGUUGUUGCAGACAUGCAGCUGUCGGGGUUCAUGGUGUUUUUGGUGCUGCUGCUGAUGUGGGAGGUGGAUGCCUGGAGCGUGAAUGUCAAGUACCCAGUGGAUUGCCCAGAGCGCUGCGAUGUUAAAGUGUGUACUGCAACCCAUCGCUGCAAGAGAACCGUGCUGGAUGAUUGCGGCUGCUGCCGGGUUUGUGCUGCGGCCAGAGGAGAACUGUGUUACCGCACUGUCUCUGGAAUGGACGGCGUGAAGUGCGGACCAGGGCUACGGUGCCACUUCUACAACGAAGAGGACGACUUCGGAGACGAGUAUGGCAUUUGCAAAGAGUGCCCUUAUGGGACACACGGACUGGAAUGCAGGAAAACAUGUAACUGUAAGACUGGGAUCUGUGAUAGAGAAACUGGAAAAUGUCUGAAGUUCCCGUUUUUUCCAGUGCCGGCCUCCAAGCCAGCUAAUAGACUCAAAUUCAGAGCACAAACGGACAAUGAGAUGGGAUCAGGUGACCACAACAGUGAUCUAAAAGAGGAUUUGUUAAAGGAGAAAAAUGUCCGAUCUUCAGCAAUGAAAUGGUUAAACCCACGCUGACACCUUUAACCCUGGAAAUAACUAAUUUAAUGAAUAAAUGUAGCAUCUUGGUCACUGAAAAGAGAUUUUCUAUUUUAUUAUGUGUGCGGAUACAGGGCUACCAAGACUGUACAGCUUUGGAAAAACUGUGACUCUUCUUUCUACUCAUUCAUCUCAGACUUUUGUUUUAUUUCUGUGUAUCUGAAAACAAAAGUUUCGUGUUGUAGUUUUUCUAAGUGUGAAGGUAUUAUUGUGAGGACUGUUUGAUAUAUUUGUUCAGUGUUCGGUAGCCUUAAAUGUUUUAUUUAAGAAUAGUUCAUAUCUUUAACUUUUUCUGACAGACUUUAUAGUUGCACCUUCUUUAAAAGCACAAAAUGGAGUUUAACUGUGAGCUGCCAAAAGCCGUGUGAACACAAUAAAUCACUUAUAACGAAGCAGAGUGUCCUGUGCUGCAUACUUUUAUAGAGAGGUGUUACUGUUCAUGUUCCCUCUGAAAUAACACCAGUAAAGAUCAUUUGAGAAUAUUUCUGUGUGACACAGCGAAAGUAGGAGGGCUCCUACUAGUCCGGGACCAAGUUUUGGUUAUUAAAACUACCUUGUUGAAAAGCCUGCUCUGAACUGCCCAGCUCAGGGUGCAUAUUCAUGAAGCAUUUACAACUGUACUAAAAUCAAAUUGACAAUCUAAUAGAACUAUAAACAACUAGAGUCUAUAGGAGCUCUUAGUUUACCUCCUGAGUUACUUAUUUGAAGCUUUAGUUAAAAAAUAAAAAAAUGUAACAGGCAGUCCAUGGCAUUACAGACAAGAGAUGUGUGACAUGCAGACAGACAGGGAGCCUCCCGAUAUACCUCAAGAUUAUAUUGACAGACCUUUGAGAGUAUACCUUGGAACCAUUUUUUCCUGCCGCUCUGUGACAUAAAUAUUAUUUUACAUGUACAGAGGCAAUUUUGGAAAAGAAGAUGCAAGUAUUAGAAUUAGAAUUUAUAAAGGAUCUAUGAAUGUCCAUUACAUGACUAUUGCACUACUGUCGACAUCCCCUAUAACAAAUUAUGUAAGAAGCUACAGGUAAAAGAAAUGAAUUGGACUGUAGACAGCUGGAUGCAUUUUGAUUCAUUAUGGUAAUUGUUACAAUGACCCUUGUUAUGGCUAGCCCUGGUGUCCCCUACCGGAAAGCUAAAGAACCCAAGAAAAAAGAGACCAGUGGUAUUGUUGCUCGUGUCAUAAGACGUACUGUAAGAAAACAGAUUUUAAAACCUUGGAAACUUUAACAAGCACUUAACGGCAUACAGCAAAUGUGUAAAGAGAGACUUUAACAAGCACUUAACGUCAUAUAGCAAAUGUCUAAAGAGAGACACAGCAGUAUUGUGUUGUAAAAGUCCUGUAGAGAAUAAAUUGCACAUAAAGUCUUUCUGUUGUUUCUGAGAUUUACCCUGACGUGACCCUGACGUGAUCCUUUAUCGGGAAAGGACCCAGGCUUGAGUGUAUCCCUCCAAGCUGGAAGCAGCUGCACAGUCCGUAGCAUAUGAGCUUUGUUUACUGUAAUCACACAGAUUUAAUCAAUUGUGUAUAUAUUUUUUUGUAUAUUCUUUGAGACCGUCAUUUUGCUUAUGAUGUUCCAAUUGUAUGUAAUCCACACUUUGUUUAAAUUUCAUUGUAAAUAUUAUCUUAAAAAGGGAAUAAAAACAUAAUUCAUGGUUUAAA